GCCGCCGCCGCCGCCACCGCCGCCGCCGCCGCCGCCGCCGCCGCGGGUCCGAGGGCGCCGCGCCCUUGCCCUGGGCCCGGCUGUGCCCGCCGCGCCUGGCCCGCGUCCCCGCGCUGCGCCGCCCGGCCGGGUGCAUGCAUUGUGGGCCUCCCGACAUGGUCUGCGAGACGAAGAUCGUGGCCGCCGAGGAUCAUGAGGCGCUGCCGGGGGCCAGGAAGGACGCGUUGCUCGCCGCCGCCGGCGCCAUGUGGCCCCCGCUGCCCGCUGCCCCCGGGCCGGCCGCCGCGCCCCCACCUGCCCCGGGCGCCCAGCCCCGCGGCCGGGCGGGGGGCGCGGGGCCGCCGGAGGGGCGCGGCGUGUGCAUCCGCGAGUUCCGCGCCGCGGAGCAGGAGGCUGCGCGCCGCAUCUUCUACGACGGCAUCUUGGAGCGCAUCCCCAACACGGCCUUCCGCGGCCUGCGGCAGCACCCGCGCACGCAGCUGCUCUACGCCCUGCUAGCGGCGCUCUGCUUCGCCGUGACCCGCUCGCUGGUGCUGACGUGCCUCGUGCCGGCCGGGCUGCUGGCCCUGCGCUAUUACUACAGCCGCAAGGUGAUCCUGGCCUACCUCGAGUGCGCGCUGCACACAGACAUGGCUGACAUAGAGCAGUACUACAUGAAGCCGCCGGGCUCCUGCUUCUGGGUGGCUGUGCUGGACGGCAACGUGGUGGGCAUUGUGGCCGCACGGGCCCACGAGGAGGACAACACGGUGGAGCUGCUGCGCAUGUCCGUGGACGCGCGCUUCCGCGGCAAGGGCAUCGCCAAGGCGCUGGGCCGGAAGGUGCUGGAGUUCGCCGUGGUGCAGAACUACUCCGCGGUGGUGUUGGGCACGACGGCUGUCAAGGUGGCCGCCCACAAGCUCUACGAGUCCCUGGGCUUCAGACACAUGGGCGCGAGUGACCGCUACGUGCUGCCUGGCAUGACCCUCUCGCUGGCCGAGCGCCUCUUCUUCCAGGUCCGCUACCACCGCUACCGUCUGCAGCUGCGUGAGGAGUGACCACUGCCGCUUGCCCACCCGCCACCCAGCCGCCCCCGUCCGCCUGUGCCCGCCUGCCCGCCGCCCGGCGCGGCCCUGCUUCCAGACGCUCACCUUGGCGUGUGUGUCGGGUCUCCCUUUUUCAACAUCACGCAGUAUCUGGCUGGUUCUCGGGGGCGCCGGGCUGUUGCUCACCUGUGACACGUUGGUGGGGGUGGGUGGUUCGCAGCCACGGCCCCCUACCUUCCCCAGGCUUGUCACGCCUCGAAGAGCCGCGUUGUGGAUCCCCUUGACGCCCGCCGCCGUCGUGGAGGGCCCAGCCUUGCCCACCGAGCACAGAACCUCUGUGACGAAGCCUCGAGGAGCAGACCCCUGGCCCUCGGCCAGGCUACGGCUCAGCCGACAGCGCCCAGAAGUGUGGCCUGCUGGGCUGGCUGGCUGUGGGCCCUGCUUUGCUCUGUGCAUGCUGACGAUGUGGCCUGGCUGCAGCAUGCCGCGUGCCCACAGCAUCCUGCCCUGCUGUCUUGCCCAGACUGGACCCCGGGACCAUGGCUGGUGAGCACCCCUGCCCCAGCCUGAGCCGGCCUCCGGAGGGCCUGCUGUGCAGGGGCUCGGGCCACCCCCACCGCCCGGCUCCAUCCUCUCCUGCUUUGCUUUGACGUCAUCUCACUUCUUCCCGUUUAGUCUGCCCUCUCCUGCCUGGGCUUGGCUGACUGGUGUCUUGCCCGGGCGUGGUUUCCAUAGCAUCCUGUAGCACAGCGUGGUGGGGGCCCUGCGGUGAAGGGACACCCCUCCCCCACACCUGCUAGAUCAGGUGGCCUCUCCCAUGCGUUCCCAGGACCUUGUGCCCGCUGCCGGGUUUGCCCUGUGAUCUUGCUAGCCCGGGCCACCGCCACAACGUGGAGCCACAGCUUCUCCCAGCCUGACACCAACCCGUUUCUACUAAGUUAUUAGACAGAAUAGCACUCUGCAUGACACUAAUCUUGGGACAAAAGGGUAGUUUGUACCUUGAGACACUUGUGUGGUGCUAGAAUGUGCACUGCGUCUGGCCCAGCUCGAUGGGGUGGGUGGAGGGUUUCAGAAUCCAGAGGGAGGCCCUGAUGCAGCCUGGUUUCCCGCCCAAGAGCAUUCCUGGCUCGGGAGGACCCUCCCUUCCCAGCCCCCCCCUCCCGGCAGUCCUGCAGCCCGAGGGGGGGCAGGAGGGGGAAGGGCAGGGCUGGAUGUCCCACUGUGGCCAGCUCAGGGCUGGCUGUGUUCCCUGGUGUCUCCUUCCCAAGGUGGAAGGGAGUGGUAGCUGGCAGCACCUGUGUGUCCAGCUGAGCCUGGGUCUGGCCUGCAUGGCGGGAGGGGCAUACACUUCCACCUGGACCCCAUGGUGUGCGGCCUGGGGGAGGGGAGAGGCAAGCAGGGUGGCCACGGAGCUGGGUUCCGGGCAUCAAGGGACACGUGCUGGCCCGUGGAGGGACGUUCAGCGCGUAGUGACUUCAUGGAACAAGCCCAGCUUCCCUGUUGGCAGUGGAGGUGUCUAUGGAAUACUGUACAGACCCCACACCCCCACUGUACAGACCCCGCGCCCCUACCUUCCCUCCUGGUGGCGCCCGGUCCCUGCUGUGGGAGGGGAGUUUUGUAGACUGUACAGAAAUCGGCCCCCUAUUUUCUUGCAGCUCUCAGAUUUUGUUAACUGGGAUUAUACAGACAGACGUAAAGUGUUUUAGCAAAAUGGAAACAAA